AUGGCGGGAGGCUGGACCUCUGGACCCAUCCUCCACUUGGGGCUCCCCCACCGUCUUCGGCUGUCAUCCUCUGCCAGAAUCACUGCAGGAGCUCUCCAACUUUUGGGAACGUGGACAGCAAGCUGCAGGGGUCGAGCUCGGGCGGGCACAUGUACAGGCCUCCACAUCGCGAAGCACGGCCUGUUUCAAGUCAGGGACAAGGAGAGGUCAAAAAGAAAAACCGCCUUGAGAGAAGUGGGCUUGAUAGAGGCUCAUUUGAGGACUGAGGGGGUGGGAAUGGUUCUUCCCGGCAGCAGUCAGCAUCUCUCCAGCAGCGGACUCAAGGACUUGAGCUUCCACCUCGACGCGCAACAGAAGGCUCUCCCUCACGAUAGCGGACCUCACAGCGCAAAGAACAACUUUGGUUCUUCCCGGCAGCAGUCAGCAUCUCUCCAGCAGCGACUCAAGGACUUGAGCUUCCACCUCGACUCGCAACAGAAGGCUCUCCUCCCGACAGCGGACCUCACAGCAAAGGACAACUUUCCCUCCUUACGCAUGGCUCUGGCUUUGCGCAAAACGUGCGACUGUAGUAGCAACGUCUUGGAAGAAACCGCUCUGUUGGAGGUAAUACUGGCCGGCAGAGACUGCUUGGUCGCUGGAGAUUCAUGCUCGAGCGACGAGACUUGUAGUCCACGUCUGCGCACUUUGCGUCAGUGUGUGGCGGGCAAUGGCAGCGUGAAGCUGGGGCCCGGGGCCAGGAGCCAGUGUGCCAACGCAGUGUCCGCCCUGCUGUCCAGCCCCUUGCAUGGCUGCCAGUGUAAACGGGGCAUGAAGAAGGAGAAGAACUGCUUGAGCAUCUACUGGAGCCUUCAUCAGUCCAUCAUACAUGGGCUCAACCUGGUGGAGAGUUAUCCCUACGAGACGGUGCAUAGGGAUUACGACUAUGUCCGCUUGGCCUCUAUUACAGCUGACUCAGAUGUUGGCAUGACAACUGUGAAUCGCUGCCUGGAUGCGGCCAAGGCUUGCAACGUGGACGACUUGUGCCAGAAGCUCCGCACAGAAUAUGUCUCAGCUUGCAUCAAACCCACAGCCAAGUCCGGCCUGUGCAACCGGCCCAAAUGCAAUAAGGCUCUGCGCAGGUUCUUUGACCGCGUCCCCGCCGACUACACGCACGAACUGCUCUUCUGCCCGUGUACGGACAAAGCAUGCGCGGAGCGUCGAAGGCAGACCAUUGUACCCAGUUGCUCUUAUGAAAGCGCGGAAAAACCCAACUGCAUUACACAGAUGAGGAUCUGCAACGCCGACUAUGUGUGCAGGUCUCGCAUGGCACAGUUCCAGUAUGACUGCGAACCCUCCGAAACGUCUGCCAAUGGCUGCAAGCAAGGGAACUAUGGAGCCUGUCUCCUCGCCUACACAGGGCUCAUAGGAAGCACAAUAACUCCAAACUAUGUCGACAACUCAACGUCCAGUGUGGCUCCGUGGUGCUCCUGCUCGGCCAGCGGGAGCCGGAGAGAAGACUGUGAUCAUUUCCUGGGAUUCUUCAAUGACAACAUCUGUCUCCGGAAUGCCCUUAUGGCGUUUGGAAGUGAAUCAGACCAGCAGCCGACUGUCAGCCAGUCCAGUACUCCCAGUCCCAGCCACAGCAGCAGAGAAAACAGCAGCACCACAUCUCAACCAGACACCAUAGAAACUAUGAAGAACAUUCUGGAUACAAUAAUACCAACACAGGCCCUGGGAAAUGAACUACUAGUGGGCCAGUCCACCCUUUCAUCCAACAGCCUCUCAAACUCUGCUUCACCUCCCAGCUUAUUGCUUCAAGCUGCCUUCAGCCUUCUGUUGUUGCUCCUUCAUCUGCUCAACAAUGGACACUAA